ACGUGGAGCUUGCGAAAGUGCUCAUUCAGUGUGGAGCAGUUGAGUGAGACGCAUUUUGAAACGGACGAAUUUACAUACUGUAUUGCCAGGAGCUAGUUUUUCGAAGCAUUUGUUGCUGUAACUAAUUUUUUGUGCCAAACGUUCAUUCAUACAUACUACACCUACUGUAAAUUAUAACAAUGGCAACAACAACAACAACUACCAAUGUGACCACUAAUGGGUUUACCAGUGCACCAGCGGAAUCGGUAAAAGUGGCAUCGGCAGAUGAACUACAGGAUGGCCUUUCAUGUCACGAGCUUUUCGCUAAUAGCGAUGGCUUGACCUACAAUGACUUCCUUAUCUUGCCUGGUUAUAUUGAUUUCGCUGCCGAGGAAGUGGAUCUAAGCUCACCAUUGACAAAGAGUAUUUCAUUGCGUGCGCCUUUAGUGUCCUCGCCAAUGGACACUGUCACGGAAUCAGAUAUGGCUAUUGCCAUGGCGCUUUGUGGUGGUAUCGGCAUUAUACAUCACAACUGCACACCAGAAUAUCAAGCGAAUGAAGUGCAUAAAGUUAAGAAGUAUAAGCACGGCUUCAUACGUGACCCAUCGGUUAUGUCACCUGAGAAUACGGUUGGUGAUGUGCUUGAGGCACGUCGCAAAAACGGCUUCACUGGCUAUCCCAUUACAGCCAAUGGUAAACUUGGUGGUCGUCUGCUAGGCAUCGUAACAUCACGUGAUAUUGAUUUCCGUGAGAAUCAGCCCGAAAUUAAAUUGGGCACCAUAAUGACCACCGAACUGAUAACUGCCCCAAAUGGCAUAACACUGCCCAUGGCUAACGCUAUUUUAGAGAAGAGUAAGAAAGGCAAAUUGCCAAUUGUUAAUGAGAAUGGUGAAUUGGUAGCGUUGAUUGCGCGUACCGAUUUGAAGAAGGCACGUUCCUAUCCGAAUGCCUCGAAGGACAGUAACAAACAAUUAUUGGUGGGCGCUGCUAUUGGUACACGCCCUGAGGACAAAGAUCGUCUUAAAUUGCUCGUAGAUAAUGGAGUGGAUGUAAUUGUUUUGGAUUCGUCGCAAGGCAACUCAAUUUAUCAAAUUGAAAUGAUUAAAUUCAUAAAGAAUACCUAUCCAGAGCUGCAAGUGAUUGGUGGUAAUGUGGUGACACGCGCUCAAGCGAAAAAUCUAAUCGAUGCUGGCGUAGAUGGCUUGCGCGUUGGCAUGGGCUCAGGUUCGAUUUGCAUCACCCAAGAGGUUAUGGCAUGCGGCUGUCCACAAGCUACUGCUGUCUACCAAGUAUCCACCUACGCCAAACAAUUUGGUGUGCCCGUCAUAGCUGAUGGUGGCAUACAAUCCAUAGGACAUAUCGUCAAGGCAUUAUCAUUGGGCGCUAGCGCUGUUAUGAUGGGCUCACUAUUGGCUGGCACAUCCGAGGCGCCAGGUGAAUAUUUCUUUUCGGAUGGUGUGCGCCUAAAGAAGUAUCGCGGUAUGGGUUCACUCGAAGCUAUGGAACGACGUGAUGCCAAAGGCGCUGCCAUGUCACGUUACUAUCACACCGAAAUGGAUCGUACCAAGGUGGCGCAAGGUGUCAGCGGCAGCAUUGUCGAUAAAGGUUCCGUUUUGCUGUAUUUGCCCUACUUGGAAUGUGGUCUACAGCAUAGCUGUCAAGAUAUUGGCGCACGAACAGUCAGCGAAUUGAGAUCAAUGAUUUACAAUGGCAAAUUGCGUUUUAUGAAGCGCACGCAUUCCGCACAGGUGGAGGGUAAUGUACAUGGCCUAUUCUCCUAUGAGAAACGUCUCUUCUAACAGCCAGCUAUACCAACAAGUGCGCGUACUGAUAAAGCGUUAACCGCAAAUUUUGCGGUACAGGUGCGCAAUGGUGGGUUGACAGCAUAUUUGCAAAGGAGUAGUGGUGGAGCGUACGGUUGCGGCACAACGGCAACGCAUACAACGUAUAGUAAUAGACCUACAGAUAUGGCAACGGUACGGCGUCGUCAACAGUAACGUACGAAAAAAACAAAACAACAAAAAUAUAUAGUGUUACAACGGUUUAAGGUUAUAUUAUAUGACAUGUGCUACAUACAGCAUACAACAAGCAGUACCUAGCAGUAAUAUUUCUCUGUGUCUACAUAAGUAUAAGGAAAAGUAACGCCGUUGUGUUUGCUUGAACAAUUCGUUUUUUUUUUUAUUUAUAUGUACGUUAUUUCAUGUGCUUAUACGCAGUACUUAAUUCAUAGCGAAACUUCUCUAUUUAUACAUUUAUGCUUAUUCAGCAAAUUAUUAAUGUGUCUAAUUAGGUUUAAAAAUAGCUAUCACGUUUGCUUUAUAUAUUAUUUAUAAAAUUUCUAAUGCAUAUGUAGCACAUUUUCUAAACACUAGUGUUAGCUAAUUUAAAAAAGAAAAGUAUCUAUAUAUAUAUAUAUAUAUAUUGCAGAAAAUAUUGAAACUAUAGUAAGUAGCCUGUGUUAACAUUUGAAAUUGUUAAAUUUGCUCGAAACUACCCAAAUAGCCGACAUAACGUUAUACUUUAUUGGCAAGUAUUCUUCAUUUUCUUAGUUUAUACAAUUCUAUUGUUAGUAAUUUUUAUAACUUUAAAUAUUUUAUAUAUAAAUUCAUGUAGAUUUGCAAAAAAUGUAGCUGAAUUUAACGGUAUUUCGUUGUAAUCUAGAAAAUGUAGGUAUUUCAAACAUUUUACGUGUUUUAAAAUUGAAUAAUGUUCCAAAAUAGGCGCCUACAAACACAAUAUUAGUAUAUAGCUAGAGAUACUGAGUUUAGUUUGAACGUAACUGUAACUGUUGUUUAACGCUGUACUGUUAAAAUUUCAUAGAGAUUGUAAACAAAGUUUUCAAAAUCAAAAUUUUUUAAAUUCAUUUCUGACAUGCUCCGCGUAUAUACCUUCGUACAGCCAUUAUGUAAGCAUGAUAUGCUCCAACAUAUAACUGUUAUUGAACAAUUGCGUCUCAAACUAUGCUUGGAAUUCUGAUUAGAUUCUCCAUUAUUAGGCAACAAAAUUCAAUUUAAUGCAAAUGAAAACUCUAUGCGACUACAAUACCUUAUAAAUGUUAGCAAUUAUGUAAUAGACUAUACAUACAUACAUAAAUAAUUAAAUAAUACAUAAAUAUAUUUCAAUGUAAAACAAA